AUGGCGGCUGGGGCUCGGCGGCGGCAGCUCCCGGCCUGGAUGGGGGCGGCGGGGGACGGGCGGGCGGCGGCGGCCCCGUCCCCCAGCGCCGGGCGGCGGCGGGCGGCGGCGGGGCGCAGGCCCGCGGCGCUGUACUGCAUGAACGAGGCGGAGCUGCUGGAGGUGGCCCUGGCGGUCCUGGCCGAGAAUCUACAGAGCGAGGAAGAUGAGGAGAAGGCCCGGUCCGGGAGCGAAGAGGAGCAGGAGAUCCCGCCAACACCACAGGAGGUUCCUGGAAGCACGGGCAGCACGGAUGGAGGCAGUGACCGCGGUCCGGCACUUCCAUCCCCUCCUGCUGCUGGUGCUGAAGCAGAGGGGACAGACGGGGAGAACUCUGAGGACGAUGUCCUGAAAUACGUCAGGGAGAUCUUUUUCAGCUAACAUCUCUGACUUCCCAGGAGAAGAGGGCACAAUGGGGAGGGUGUCUCCUCCCGCGGCCCUGGGAACGGAGGGAGGAGGGCCUGGAGGGGGCUGUGCAUCCAUCUGCUGUGUCGGUGCCCUGUGUAGCUGGUAGGAUACCCAGGAAGGCCAGGGGGAAAGGAGGGAGGUACUCAGUUCUCCCACUCUGUGCUGGGCUCAGUGGGAUUUGGCUCCAGAUUAGGAUGUGUUUGAUUCUGUUUCACAUUUCAGAGCAUGGACAGAUAAAAGAAGACAUUCGGGUUUC